UGUUUAUAGAAAAGGGUUUACUACGAAACAGAGAGUGAAUCGAUCUCCGAUCCUAAAUUAGAUUUAUUUCUGAAAGAAAGCGUUUGCCUUUGAUCGACGAGGUUGAAUUCAAGCUUCUCAGCUCUAAUAUUACCUGAACCCUAACAUCGAUUUGUCUACACCCUAGCACCCCCUUGAUUUUCAAUUACUCUGUCAUUCCUAAUUGUGGGUUUUUAUAUCAGUAAAUUAGGAAGGGGGAAAGAUGUCAAUUGAUUUGAUAUUGAAGCCGUCGUGCGGUGCCUGUGGAUCGACGACGGAGCUCUACGGCAGCACGUGCAAGCACCUGACGCUAUGCGUGAGCUGUGGCAAAUCUAUGGCCGAGAAACGUUCCAAGUGCUACGAGUGCGGAACCCCUAUCACUCGCCUGAUUAGGGAAUAUAAUGUACGUGCCAGUUCCAGCAACGACAAAAAUUAUUUCAUUGCAAGAUUUGCCUCAGGAUUACCAAAUUUUAAGAAGAAGAAUGAGAAUAAAUGGACCUUGCAGAAGGAAGGUUUGCAGGGGCGCCAAGUGACUGACACUCUGCGGGAGAAAUUCAAGAAUAAACCUUGGCUACUGGAAGACGAAACGGGUCAGUUUCAAUUCCAUGGUCACCUUGAGGGCACACAGACAGCCACAUAUUAUCUUCUAAUGCUUCAAGGAAAGGAAUUUGUUGCUAUUCCUGCUGGGUCCUGGUACAAUUUCAACAAAGUGGCACAAUAUAAGCAACUAACCUUGGAGGAAGCCGAAGAAAAAAUGAAUAAUAGAAGGAAAACAGCUGAUGGCUACCAGAGAUGGAUGAUGAAAGCAGCAAACAAUGGAGCUGCAGCCUUUGGUGAAGUUGAGAAGUUUGAUGGUCGGGAAGGUGCAUCUGGUAGUGGGAGGGGGCGCAAAAAAACUACAGGGGAUGAUGAUGAAGCCAAUGCUUCAGAUAGAGGAGACGAAGAUGAAGAUGAAGAGUCAGCAAGAAAAAACAGGUUGGGUCUCAACAAGAAAAGUGGGGAUGACGAUGAAGAAGGUCCAAGAGGUGGUGACCUUGACUUUGAUGACGAUGAUAUUGAGAAGGGUGAUGAUUGGGAACAUGAAGAAAUUUUCACUGACGAUGAUGAAGCAGUUGGGAUUGAUCCAGAGGAACGUGAAGAUUUGGCCCCUGAGAUCCCUGCACCUCCAGAAAUUAAGCAGGAUGAUGAGGAUGAGGAUGAAGCUGACGAAGAAGAUAAGGAGGGAGGACUGAGUAAAUCUGGAAAAGAGCUGAAGAAGCUACUUGGGCGGUCUAAUGGGCUGAAUGAUUCCGACUCCGAGGAUGACGACGAUGACGAUGAUGCGGAUGAUGAUAUAUCACCAGUAAUCGCCCCAAAGAAGGAAGCUCCUAAAGAGGAGCCAGUUCAUAACAACAGUCCCCUUAAAGCAACAAAUUCCACAGCUGGUCGUGGGACACCAUCUACUUCAAAAUCGUCCAAGGGGAAAAGAAAAGUAGGCAGUGAUGAUUCAAAAACACCGAACAGUGCACCUUUAAAGAAAGUGAAAACAGAAAAUGAAACAAGAGCUGUGAAAGAUGAGAAUGCUUCAUCCUUAAAAAGCGCUGCACAUCCUAAAGGUGCAAUGCCACCCACAUCAUCAAAAAGUGUGUCGGCACCAGCAACUGGACCAGUUACUGAAGAGGAAAUUAGGGCUGUUCUACUACCAAAGACGCCAGUGACCACGAAGGAUCUUCUGGCUAAAUUCAGAUCCAGAUUGAAGACAAAAGAGGAAAAGGAUGCUUUUUCAGCUAUAAUGAAAAGGAUAUCAAAGAUCCAAAAGACCAAUGGUGCCACAAACUACGUAGUUCUUAGAGAUAACUUGGCGUAGUGACUUUAUACCUCCUUGCAACAAAAGUUGGUUUAUUUUGGGAAUACAAAUUGGUGGAACGCCAGAGAGAACAAUACGAACCAAUGAUCAAUUCGGUUGCUGAAGUCGUCUUCUUCUUCUUUUCUUUGGGAUGCAUUGCCUUUAUAUAGCCAUAAUAAGGAUACAUCAUCCUUAACGCUGGUGACGAGACUUACAUUUGGAUACAAUAUAGUUAACCUACACUAGACGUGUGCCGCUAUCUGAAACAAAGAUUUGUAUUGUUGUAUACAUCGGGAUCUGUGUUGCAUCUAUCCAAAUGAUACUUGCUCA